AUGUUUGCCUGUGAGACUUGGGGCCUCGGUGGCCAGACCUCUGUCUACAACUGGGACAAGGCCGUCUACCUCUUGGAAGAUAAAAUAGAACCUGAGCAGGGAUCAGGGGACUUGGACCUCCAUUUCAAGGUGCUGCUCGAGCAGGGGAUUGUUGAGGAACUUCUGGCAUCUGCAGCCUCAGCUGAGUCGGAACAACCUGACUCCCUAGAGCCCCAGCGAUGGGAAGUGCAUUGGGAAGAGGUAUCAGAGUCGCUACAGCCUCCACCUGCAGAGGUGGCGCCACCACCGCCACCAGACCCCACGAUUCCUGAGGCAGAACCAAUUGAAGUAGAAUCUGAGGCCUUCUCUACCACACUGGAACCCGUGAGGAACACCUCCCAGUGGAGGGAGACCUUCAUUGAAGAGCGCCAACGAGAAAUCCACCUCAGCCCUGCCGGCCCGGACAGAGGGAAUGGUGGGAGGGCACGGUCAUCGGUGUCAGGAGCAGGUGGCUUUGUCCUGGAGACGGCUCGCCGACGGUUCCGGCAGUUCUGCUACAAGGAAACCGAGGGCCCCCGAAAAGCUUGCGGGCAGCUGUGGGAGCUUUGCAACCAUUGGCUGAAGCCCAAGAACCGCACCAAGGAGCAGAUUCUGGACGUGUUGAUCCUGGAGCAGUUCCUAGCCGUUCUCCCUCCUUCGAUUCGGAGCCAGGUGUGGGAAUGCAGCCCGGAGACUUGCGCGCGAGCAGUUGCCCUGGCCGAGGAGUUCUUGGCAAAGCCGCCAGAAGCGGAGAGAUCAGAAGAGCAGGAUUCAGACCUCUUCGAGGAAGUGGUGGUGAAUUUUCCUGAAGAGGACCAGCCCCUCUCGGAUGCCGAGCAGGGAGAGACCUGCCUGGAGGCGGAGCAGAGGGACGACAUAGACAUUUGCUUGCUGGGUUCUUCUGACACCGAGGCAACGUGGGAUUCUUCAGCAGAUGAAGGAGGCUCAGGUGCCAGGACCCCCAGCCGAGCAGACCCCCGGUUUGAAUUUGGAGAACGGCUCAAUGGAACAAUGCAGCACUUAGUCCCUAAGAGGAUCCGCGUGAGAGAGAAACGCCACCCCUGUAUCGAAUGCGGAAAACGGUUCCGGUGCCAGUCAGAGCUUGCACUACACCAAAAAGUCCACACUAGGCCGAAAUCCUAUCACUGUGAUGAGUGCGGGAAGCAGUUUGGCCGAUCUUCUCACCUCACUCGGCACCAGAAAACUCACAUGGGUGAAGAAUGCCACCUUUGUACUGAAUGUGGCAAGAGGUUCCGGUGGCCGACGGAACUGGCGAUCCACCAGCUGAUCCACACGGGCGAGCAGCCACAUUAUGCCUUGGAUCCUGAGACGUUGUUCCAGUGGCCGUCAGAACUCUCGGGCCACCAGAGUAUGUUCAUGGGCGAGAAAACCCCUCCCGCUGUCGAGGUUGUAAAAACCCACACGGUCAAGAAGCCCCACCUCUGCCCGGAGUGUGGGAAAGGAUUCCGAUGGCCAUCUGAGCUCGCCGCGCACCAGAAAACCCAUAACAAAAACAAACACUACCUCUGUGCGGAGUGUGGGAAAGGAUUCCAGUGGCCGUCAGAGCUGGCUGCGCACCAGAGAACCCACACCGGAGACAACUUUCCUCUCGUUGCAGAUUGCAGGAAUAGCAACGGUCAGCCGCCACAUCUCACUGCGUACCUGGGAGCCAACUCCGCCGAGAAACGCCACGUUUGUGGCGAGUGUGGCAAAGCCUUCCGGUGGCCGUCGGAGCUCGCCACACACCAGAGAAUCCACACGGGUGAAAAGCGUUAUUUCUGCACAGAGUGCGGGAAAGGCUUCAUAUGGCCCUCGGAGCUUGCCGCACACCAGCGAACCCACACUGAAAAGCAAUCGUAUCACUGCAUGGAAUGCGGGAAAAUAUUCCACGACCUCUACGCGCUUACGAGGCAUCAGAAAACCCACUUGGGAAGCAAGGUGUAUCCCUGUGCUGAGUGCGGGAAAACGUUUAGCCGGCAGUCUCACCUGACUCGGCACCGGAUAACCCACACCGGGGAGAGACCGUAUCCUUGUAUCGAGUGUGGGAAAAGGUUUGGCCGUCAGUCUCAUCUAACUCGGCACCUGAGAAUCCACACCGGAGAGAGGCCGUAUCAGUGCGGGGAGUGCGGGGUACGGUUCAGGCGGAGGCACAGUAUGAUCUACCACCAGAAGAUCCAUUUGAGAGAGUCCUCCAUCGGACCAGACUUGCCAGACCUUCCUGACCAUCUCCAGAGCCCCAUCCAUGUAACCAUCUGAAACUUGAC